AUGGCCUCCCUCUUGACAAUUGGUUCAAUUCGCGAGCUCUCAUUCGAAAUCAUUCAAUAUCUCAGUCCACCAGAUAUAUUCUCCUUCUCGCUAACUUGCAAACUCUUCUAUCCUGUUUGUUACCAAACCCUUUGGUCGACUCUCCGCCUCUAUUCAAAGUCUCAUAUCUCCGACAAGGGUCUUAUCUGCCAUAAGCUCGUAAGAACUAUUAAAACCCGAGGUAUCGAUAACACCGGUAUACAGCAUGUUAGGUCGAUCCUACUGCAUCGGUACUCAUUGACUUGCACGAAUGGGUUUGCGAAGAGUGGGUUGAUCCAUAUCCUGGGGGAGCUGCUUGCGAGUGGGAGGCUGAAUUUGAAGUAUUUGGAGUUACGGUAUAAUCUAUCAUGGUAUACCCCCUCUGAAGAGGAAGAGCUAUUCGGCUUCCUCCGCCGACUUCGAGAAUACUCUCAACGGAAACAACCAGAUGAAUUCUCGAUGGCUGUUAUAGCGAAUCCGAUCUUUCUUGAGCCCGCACUGCAUACCAAAGUCCUCGAUAUCGAGAAAAUAGCCUCAUUGGACCUUGAAAUGGACUGGCAGUACAAAGGCAGCGACAACGAUGAGCGCCAACAGGUCUUGUUUGGCGGACUAGGUGGAUUGGAGGACAGCGAUAGCGACCACACAGAUCCUGGAGACGAUAUAGACGAUCUAGACGAUGAAGAACUAUGGCCUCGUCCUACACCAGAUCAAUCUGGCUUAUUGGACGGAUCGCGUUCGUCUAAUUUUCAAAUCGACACGAGUCAAUAUAAUAAACGGCUAGCAGAGAUUUUAAAUAACUUACUGUCCCAAGCCAUCAACCUCAAAUCUCUAACAAUCCGUUCAUUGCGCGACAACGGGAGAAAGUAUGUAGACUUCAAACUUUCGCCGCCAUUGAAAAAUCUUCGAACCACGAUUAGCAAUUUACCAAAACUCCAUACAUUAACGAUCCAAGGCAAAUUCUUUCACCCCUCAUUCUUCGUUGCCCCACCCGAUAGCGCUAGGGUUGUUAGCUAUGACGGUAUUUUGUCGAACAAAUGGCUGAGAGGGUUUAGAGAGUGUUCCUUGAAAAAUGGCGGAUAUACGGGAGAGAGGGAAGGGGUGCAGAGAUUUUCGCAGAAGGCCGAUUAA